UCGGUGAACUGAGAGGCUAUCAGGUGACUUGUGAAGACUAUACAUGUAACAAAGAGCGGUAUAUAGUUACAAGGAUAUUCUAGCAGAUCGUUAAAACGAAGAUGCUUUUUCUCAGCAUUAUCACGAUGUGUUUGCUCCAUCGCGCUAUGGCGUAUCUGAACGCUUACGACCAAGACCUAAAUUUUGCUUGUCCGAAUGAAUCUCAGUUUGUGAGUCACGUAGAGAGUAUUCAUGACAAUCACAAGGAAGACAGAAUGUUUGACAUGUCCUGUUCUGACGUCGCCGACGACGUAAUGAACGUUGCCACGACAUGCUAUAUAACAGGUCUGAUGAAUGCCUACGAUCAACUGCUAGCCUUCCAGUGCCCAGGAAAUCAUUACAUUAGUGGCAUGUAUAGUCACCAUGACAACAGGCAUGAAGACAGAUCAUGGAAAUUCAAAUGCUGUGAAAUACAUGAUAUCCAUCUGGACGACUGCGAUUUCUCUGCCUGGACGAAUGUAUAUGAUGGCGCUCAAAAUUUCAAUGCACCAGCAGGAAAAGUGAUGAAAGGCGUAGUGUCCGUACACGACAACUCGAAAGAGGACAGAAUAUACAAAUAUGAACUGUGUAAUGUAAUUCGAUCAGAAGGAACUGGCGAAAUUGUCGGUUAAUCAUCAUGAUAAUUAAAAGUUCCAAGUUGUAAAUUUACUUUUAAUUAUAAAGAAAAUAAACUUCUCUGAAGG